AUGGACGACUCCGCCUGUCCAGCAAAGUACGCUUCCCAGCACCUCAUCAAGGACCGCAAGGCCGUCGGCAUCUCGAAGGGCUCGUACCUCCGUGUUCACUACAAGAACACCCGUGAGACCGCCGCUGCCCUCACCGGCCUCUCGCUCGCCAAGGCCGUCAAGUUCCUCGAGGACGUCCAGACGCACACCCAGUGUGUCCCCUUCCGCCGCCACAACGGCUCGGUUGGCCGUACCGCCCAGGCCAAGGUCCACGGCGUCGUCCAGGGUCGCUGGCCCGUCAAGUCGGCCAAGUUCCUCCUUGCCCUCGUCAAGAACGCCCAGGCCAACGCCGAGGUCAACGGCCUCGACAAGGACGAGCUCUUCGUCAAGAACAUCGUCGUCCAGCAGGCCCCCAAGAUGCGCCGUCGUACCUACCGCGCUCACGGUCGCAUUAAUCCGUAUCAGAGCAGCCCUACUCACCUCGAGGUUAUCCUCGCGCCCUUCGGCGCUGAGGUCCCUGCCGCUGAGGAGGAGCAGCAGGCAGUUGAGGCCAUCGAGGCCUAA